AUGGAGCGCGGUUCUCGCAGCACGCAGAACGAUGAUUCAUACGCCGAUGCGCUGCCCGGGGACAGUGGGAUGGUGGAGGACAUCAGGCCUGGCGGGGAAUUCCACGAGGUCGACCCUGCUGGCUUUGGCGGCUUCGGAUCUUUCCGCGCCGGCAACAACUUACGGAAGACCCCAGGCUCUAUGGGCUCGAGUCUGGUUGGCACCGGACCCAACGGGACCCGGAGUUUCCUCAAAGGAUGGUUUGGACUGGAUGAGCCCACUAGCGCCGGCUACAAUACCCGCCCAGACCAGCGCGAAAAGUCCGUUAACGGCGACGUGCUUCCAAUGCGUGCGACCAACGGUGACGCCACCGAAGACCUCCAUCCCCACAUACCUGUAGUCCCUCACCACCGCAUUCCGACUACGGAGGAUCACGACUGGGAAACACGCUCGCAGGGCUCGAAUGUCUGA